AGUCCUGUUCGUGGGUCGUGGCAGGUAUCCGCAUGCGUCGUCCUCAAACAAUUGAUGCCGUGAGCUGUUCUCAGAUUUUUAAAUAGGCUUACCUUUUAUAUUUUAUCUGGACAUGUUAUUUCUCUCCAAGGCCCGCGGCAUUUGAAGGUUGGGCUCCUGUUGAGGGUGGUCAGAGAUAGAGUCACACCACUACGUGUAGUACUGAGAAGAGUGGCCAAGUUCCAAUACACGGACUGGUGUAUCUAGGUAGGGUGGUCCAGCCCAGGCUCCAGGCUAUGUCUCCCUGGAUGUGGGAGAGCUAUUCUAUGCUGAGUUGAAAGGGACCUGCUUGGCUGGGGAAUACGGGAACAGACAUGGGGCUGGGACAGUCCAACAAGGCUCCUGUCACCGAUGACACAGAGGAGAUUCAUUUCGAUCACUUCCAAAUCUUAAGGGCUAUCGGGAAAGGAAGUUUCGGGAAGGUGUGCAUUGUGCAGAAGAAGGACACAAAGAAAAUGUACGCCAUGAAGUACAUGAACAAACUGAAGUGUGUGGAGCGGAACGAGGUCCGCAAUGUCUUCAAGGAGAUGCAGAUCAUGCGGAACCUCGAGCAUCCCUUCCUUGUCAACUUCUGGUACUCAUUCCAAGACGAGGAGGACAUGUUCAUGGUAGUGGACCUGUUGUUGGGAGGAGACCUACGCUAUCACCUCCAGCAGAAUGUUCACUUCUCAGAGAACACUGUCAAGCUGUACAUCUGUGAGAUCGCCCUGGCGCUGGGCUACCUCCGCAGCAAACGCAUCAUCCACAGAGACAUCAAACCUGACAACAUUCUGCUGGACGAAUACGGACAUUGUCACCUGACAGACUUCAACAUCGCUGCCAUCGUCAAAGACGAUCUAAGAGCCACAUCUAUCGCAGGGACAAAACCAUACAUGGCCCCGGAGCUGUUUCAGCCACACGAGGGGACACAUCCUGGCUACUCCUUCUCUGUGGACUGGUGGUCUCUGGGUGUCACUGCCUACGAGCUGCUGCGAGGACAGAGGCCGUACAUCAUGCGUUCCAGCAUGCCGGCCAAUGAGAUCCUCCAGAUGUUCCACAAGGUCAACCCCAGCUACCCCAUGGCCUGGUCUCUGGAGAUCAAGUCUCUGCUCAGAAAGUUGCUGUGUAUUGACGUGCACCAGCGAGUGUCCUGCCUGGCUGAGCUACAGGAACUGGACCUGCUGUCUGACGUCAACUGGGACUCCGUGCUCAACAAACAGCUUCCCCCCGGCUUCAUCCCCAACAGGCGGAGGCUCAACUGCGACCCCACCUUUGAGUUGGAGGAGAUGAUUCUGGAGUCUAAACCGCUGCACAAGAAGAAGAAGAGACUAGCCAGGAAGACCAGAGAGCAGGGUUCUGACGGGUCCCCCCAGAACGGUCAGCUCCAACAGCGCCUGGACAAUGUGGAGAGGGACUUCCUCAUCUUCAACAGAGAAAGGUCAAAGAAGGCUGUAGUGGGAACAGAAGCAACAGGCCUCACCACGACAGAGAAGAACAAGGCUAUUGAAGACGGACAGAACAACAACGUGGACCCGGCAGCCUACAUAUCAGGAUAGUGGACUACGGCUUUAGCCCGAAGUCGCUAUGUGUAUCUGGCCGCAGCUUGUAGAUCAACACCCAAUCUCCCACUCUCCCUCUGCCGCCGGCCGGUGUAGGCACUCAGAUUGACCUUUAACCCUGACACAUUCCCCAACAGCCAGCCACUAUACCCAGACUGCUGGAGGUCACAUAGACUACUACUUUACAGAGUGAGUGGCACCUGACCUAGAGCAGACAGACAGACCCUGGCUCGUUCUUCUUUUCCUAGCCCAGGGAUGUGGCCUCUCAGUGGUCACCCCUUCUUACACUCUGCCCUACCCUGACUUGGUCUGACUUGGCCUGAUGCACCAUGAUCCCCUGGAGCUCCCCUCCCUCCACCAAGUCAGCCAGGCCCAGAAAAUGAUUUUCCUGCCAACCCAACAGGAAGCAGAGACAGACAGGAUACAGCCACCAUGCCUGCUAAGCUGAGGCUUAGGCCAGGAAGAAAAUGAAGCCUGAUGUUGACAAAUAGGGUACUAUGUCUGCAGUACAUGAAAACAGAGAAAGGGGGUGUAAGUUGCCUCACAAAAAAUGAAUAAUAAUUAGAGAUGAGAUAUACUGCCUUUGUUUUCAAGACACCAACCACAGAUUCCUCUUGGAAUACAAAGGGAACCACUGACUUCAGCAGAGACAGAGUUUACUUAAUGAGUCUCUGUGAUGACGUUAGGCAUCACUUGUGCCUCUCAAGCAAACCAAGAUGACGGGUACUUGACAUGGACAUUUGGGAUAUAAAUAUUUAUAGAUAAAUAGAUAUUUAUUGUCUGUUCCGCACAGAAAAUAGCUUUGCACACGCUUCUCCAUUAAUCGUAGAGGUCAAAGUGUAGUGUCUGAAUUCUCUUCUGUUUAAUAUAGGGGUGCCGUAUAGCUACUACUGUAUAUGACACCUGAUUGGUUUCCCCAUGCAGACAAUGAUAAUCAUAUAUGUAGUCUAAUUGAAGUCACCAUCCUGUUGUUCAAUAUGUGCUUGGAAAAUAGCUUUGCCAGUCUUUUGACCCUUUCUGCAAUACAAUUACAUAUUAUCCAAGGCUUUCCCUGUCCCAGGUUAUCAGACCUACUAUUGGCACCUUUAUAACAACCAUUAUUGGUACAGAUAUUCUAAUUAUUGUAGGUUUUGAUAAAUGUAUGUCAUUCAAGGGCCCAAUGAAAGCAGAGUUGUAAAAUUAGUACUCUUAUUUGGUUUUUCAUUUGUUGUCACUGUGUGGACUAUUACCUGUAAAUGUGGUCAAGCAGCGAUUAUAAAAGUUGUGCCUUAAUGUAAUACUUUUCUUUGGGACCCCGACCUUAUUAUUUUAUUAAAUACACAAAAUGAGCAGUUAGGUAACAUCUGGGAAUUCAAAAGGAAUAGUUCACCAGUGUUUAUUUAUUUUUUGCUAUUGAAAAGUAGCACAGUAAUAAAGUGCUUUAGGGGUUACCUAACUAACUGCUUGUUUGUUUGUUUUUGUUUGAAUAAAUAGCCAGAUAAGAACUGUGGCCUUGUGUGGAUUUAGCAACCGUUGGAGGCAUUGUUUAGAAAGACUGAAAAACAUCAUUGUAAAAGAGAAAAAAAGUUGCAUUUAUCUCCUCCUGUGCAGACUGCCUUGGGUCAUACCACAGCACUUCCCAAUCCUAUUACCUGGAGCUGUGCACCUCUAUAUGGAGUAUAGUGGUUAUAGUGGGUAUGGAUCUCUAUAUGGAGUAUAGUGGUUAUAGUGGGUAUGGAUCUCUAUAUGGAGUAUAGUGGUUAUAGUGGGUAUGGAUCUCUAUAUGGAGUAUAGUGGUUAUGGUGGGUAUGGAUCUCUAUAUGGAGUAUAGUGGUUAUAGUGGGUAUGGAUCUCUAUAUGGAGUAUAGUGGUUAUGGUGGGUAUGGAUCUCUAUAUGGAGUAUAGUGGUUAUGGUGGGUAUGGAUCUCUAUAUGGAGUAUAGUGGUUAUAGUGGGUAUGGAUCUCUAUAUGGAGUAUAGUGGUUAUAGUGGGUAUGAAUCUCUAUAUGGAGUAUAGUGGUUAUAGUGGGUAUGGAUCUCUAUAUGGAGUAUAGUGGUUAUAGUGGGUAUGAAUCUCUAUAUGGAGUAUAGUGGUUAUAGUGGGUAUGGAUCUCUAUAUGGAGUAUAGUGGUUAUGGUGGGUAUGGGGCGGGAGGGUAGCCUAGUGGUUAUGGUGGGUAUGGAUCUCUAUAUGGAGUAUAGUGGUUAUAGUGGGUAUGGAUCUCUAUAUGGAGUAUAGUGGUUAUAGUGGGUAUGGAUCUCUAUAUGGAGUAUAGUGGUUAUAGUGGGUAUGGAUCUCUAUAUGGAGUAUAGUGGUUAUGGUGGGUAUGGGGCGGGAGGGUAGCCUAGUGGUUAUGGUGGGUAUGGAUCUCUAUAUGGAGUAUAGUGGUUAUAGUGGGUAUGGAUCUCUAUAUGGAGUAUAGUGGUUAUAGUGGGUAUGGAUCUCUAUAUGGAGUAUAGUGGUUAUAGUGGGUAUGGAUCUCUAUAUGGAGUAUAGUGGUUAUGGUGGGUAUGGGGCGGGAGGGUAGCCUAGUUGUUAUGGUGGGUAUGGAUCUCUAUAUGGAGUAUAGUGGUUAUGGUGGGUAUGAAUCCUGUAGUUGUAGAGCUGUCUGGCUCUUCCUAGAGGGGAAGUCAAGAGCAUACCAAUCACACUACUGACUGAGUGGGAAUCAUCAUCUCCUGGAGCACAUAGAGAGAGGGUGAGAGAGAAAAGGAGGGGGGAUUGAGAGAGAGAUAUGGGGGAGAGAGAGUGGAGAAAAGAGAAAGGAGAAAGGAGAGAGAGGAGGUCUUGAGAGAAAGAGGAAGAGAGAGGGAUGGGAGAGAGAGGGAGGGAGAAAGAGAGUUGUGUACAUAACCUGUGAAAACGAGGUGAUGAGUUUGCCAGAGAAAUAGCUCAGACUACACUAGACCUGUCAUUGAGGGUUAAACACUAGACCUGUAGUUGAGGGUUAAACACUAGACCUGUAGUUGAGGGUUAAACAUUAGACCUGUCAUUGAGGGUUAAACACUAGACCUGUCAUUGAGGGUUAAACACUAGACCUGUCAUUGAGGGUUAAACACUAGACCUGUAGUUGAGGGUUAAACACUAGACCUGUCAUUGAGGGUUAAACACUAGACCUGUCAUUGAGGGUUAAACACUAGACCUGUCAUUGAGGGUUAAACACUAGACCUGUCAUUGAGGGUUAAACACUAGACCUGUCAUUGAGGGUUAAACACUAGACCUGUCAUUGAGGGUUAAACACUAGACCUGUAGUUGAGGGUUAAACACUAGACCUGUCAUUGAGGGUUAAACACUAGACCUGUCAUUGAGGGUUAAACACUAGACCUGUCAUUGAGGGUUAAACACUAGACCUGUCAUUGAGGGUUAAACACUAGACCUGUAGUUGAGGGUUAAACACUAGACCUGUCAUUGAGGGUUAAACACUAGACCUGUAGUUGAGGGUUAAACACUAGGCCUGUCAUUGAAGGUUAAACACUAAACCUGUAGUUGAGGGUUAAAAGCUAGAAUUAAUGAUGGCAGGUAGAUAAACAAAUGCAUUUAUGAUUGGUUCCAUCUCUAUGCUUGGUGUGUGAUCAAUUUUCUAUUAUGUACUACAAUGAAACACUGCCACCUGGUGUUUGUGAGUAGUGUACUUAAACACAUUUUACCUUGGCAUCAAGGGCAGUUUAUUUAGUCCCUGCCAACAGUAGACUGAGAAAACAGGAUUUAGUUGUACUCAGAUGUCAAAGACGUGAAUUGAAAUAUGGUGUUUACAAAAAUCCUUUCACCUUUAAAUUAUUUAUGUCUAUGCUAAUCCAGUAAUCUAUUUCAAAUAAAGA